GCCUUUGGUGGGCAGUAGCAUCGGCCCAAUCCAAAAUUAUUUGUUUUUAAAAGCGUUGCAAGGCCCCCAAUUGGGCAGACAUGUCAGCGACCACCAGCGAAAGAAUCGGCAAUAUAGCUCCGAGGACUUGGAGCAGGCAGAGGCCUUCCCGCGUGGCUGAAACUGCGCUGAUUGGCGAUGGUCAUCACGUGCAUCGACACCACCGCAACCGCCCACAUCCGCCGCCCACCCAGCGGAUGUUGACAGCAGCGGAUCAACGGCCUCCAGCACCGACACCCCGGCGGAACAUCCUUCGAAAGAUGAGCCUGCAACGGAGCCUGGCCUUCUACAACCGGUUAAGGAGCCCCCUCAGAGGGCCUGCAUCCGGAUUUGGUUACCUCUUUGACUCGGGUUUCAGCAUGAGCCGACACUUGAGACGGGAUUCCCAUCUGCCGAUGCCCGGAAACUGGUUUGGGUUCCCCAACGAUGGCUAUGAGGUGGCCGCAGAUCUCCAGGAUAGCAGGUUCUUCUCUGAUCGACACCACUGGGAUCGGGCUCAACUUUAUUUCCAGCAGUAUCUGGGGCCACGACAUCACCAUCAUCACAGUCCACGAUCAUUCUCUUUGAAAUUGGAUCUAAGCCCCUUGAACCUUAAGUUAAUUAACAAAAUGUUUUACGGAAUAGGGCUGACGGAGGCCUUGAGGAUAGCCUUUAACGAGGUGCUUCAUUUGCACUAGUUUUUGGUUAUUUUAGGGACUUCCACGAUCGAUAAUAAAAUCUAUGGCCAAUC